GCGAGACGAGGAGCCAAGCCAACGGCGACGAGAAAUCCACAGCGGUUAGCUCAUCCCAUCCGGCGCGCGCGACCCCACCUCCGCCUCGACCAAAACCGAGGGUGUUUUCGUUCCGCCCCCUUCUCCGGACUCCGGAGCCCACCUCCUCCUCCGCUCCCCACUCUUCUCUCCAGCCCACCUCCUCAAAACCCUAGCUCCCUCGAUCUAAUGCCGUGACCUCUCGAAUUCCAAAUUCUCCCACCCUCGCCAUGGAAGACCCCGUGGCCGCCACUGCCCCUGCCGCCGCCGCAGCUAGGGUUCCGGCGGCGGCGGCUCCUGCCGCUGCCGCGGCACCGCCCGCUCUCGCUCCGCAGCAGCCGCCCGCCACUGCGGCCGCGGUCCCUGAAGCUGCGGCGGCGUGCCGGAGGCAGCUGUUCACGGUGGAGCUGCGACCCGGGGAGACCACCAUCGUAUCGUGGAAGAAGCUCCUUAGGGAGGCCGGGCAAGCGGCACCGGCGCCGGCGGUGGCAGCGGAGCCGGCGUUCCCCGCACAUGCGGGCCCAUCCGGUGCGGCACAUCCUGCAGAAAACGACCCAAAGGAUCCGACACAGCCAAAUCGAUUUAAUGCAGUCAUUGAAAAAAUUGAGCGCCUUUACAUGGGCAAACAUAGUAGUGACGAAGAAGAUCUUGACGAUGUACCGGAUGAUGAUCAGUAUGACACUGAGGAUUCUUUUAUUGAUGAUGCUGAGUUGGAUGAAUAUUUUGAAGUCGAUAAUUUGAAAACUAAGCACGAUGGGUAUUUUGUGAACAAAGGAAAACUGGAACAGAUUGAUCCUGGCGCAUCGGCAAAUGUCGCUCCAAAAAAAAGAAGAAGAAAGGACUCAGCAAGUACUUAUCCUGAGACUAAUCAGCAUGCUCCAGUUGAUUAUUUCAAUAUUGGUGAUGUGCCUGGGAAAUCCUCUGGAAGAGGUACUGUGCAUCCAGUGAAGCAAUUAGCUAGUAGCACUGUAGGUUCUUAUGGUCAAUACCAUGAGGACAACAGAGUGGUGAAGAACAAAACCAGUGGUCCUGGAGGAGCCCCUAAAAGGAAAUCUUCUGAUUUCUCCGUCGUUGCUGAUGCUACAGAGCAUGCAAAGAUCAGUAAGGAUGCCUCGCAUGCUCCUUUGGAGCUAAGAGAAUUGGAAAAGCAUAAAGCUGCAGUACUACCUGUUGACUAUGCACACAAGUCAAAAACCAGCGAGACAUAUGAUUAUGCUUAUUCAGCUUACAGGGAUAAAGGUACUUCAGUGCAACUUGAUUUCCAACUAAGAAAGGCAAGCGGGGAAAAUCAAGAUCCAUCAAAUAGAAUCUAUCGCAAAGAGAAGUAUGGAACAAGUGAAUAUCCUGUCAUGGCUAUGGGUAGUGCUGUCUAUUCUACACAAACAGUGAACCCUGUUGUUGGUAGGGAGGGUUCAGGUACUAAACCCAAAGGCACCAGGCUUGAGCGAGCUAUUCGGGAUCUCCAGAAGAUUGUUGCUGAAUAUAGACCACCAAUAAUUGAUAUUAAUGAGGUAGAUCCAAAUGGUCAGGCAGCAGUUAAAAGACGGUUGCCUCAAGAAGUAAAGCAAAAGCUUGCCAAGGUUGCAAGGUUAUCGGCAAAUCAAGGAAAGAUCCAAGAACAUGAGUUGAUGGACCGCCUCAUGGGCAUAGUUGGACACCUUGUGCAGCGCAGGACACUGAAGAGAAACAUGAAAGAAAUGGUAGAAUCAGGUCUAUCUGCUAAACUGGAGAAGGCUGAUCGGUUUCAGCGUAUAAAAAUGGAGAUCAACGAAAUGAUCAAAACACGUGUGGCUGCAAAGUCAAAGUUAUUAACAUGGUACCAGGUCAAUGAACAGCAGGAUGGUUCAGCUGAUGAUUUUCAGGUUGCUAAUGAUGAAAGAAGAGCUUUAAAAGGGAAGUCUGUAAUGGAUGCUGCAUUGGAGGAUAGGAUAUGUGAUCUGUAUGAUCUGUAUGUUGAGGGUAUGGAUGAAGAUAAGGGCCCUCAGAGCAGGAAGUUAUAUGUUGAGCUUGCAGAGCUAUGGCCGCAAGGCUACAUGGAUAAUGUUGGAAUCAAAGAUGCCAUUUCUAGAUCGAAGGAUCGGAAAAGAUUAUUGUACAACCAGCAAAAGGUUCGCAAUGAAGAGAGAAUGAAGAGGAAGAGGCUGGCUGCAUCAGCUAAACUGCAAGAGGGCUACCCUGUUGUAAUGCAAGGUGGAGUUGUCCCACAAGUAGCACAACCACCCAUAACAAAUCCCAUCACAUACCCUGCACCUGAUUAUGGACAGAACCAGGGUUUGAAAAGUUACGAAAGGGUUCGCGAAACAAGCUCUAGUGCAAUCCCUGAUGACAGCAUCAGAAAUGCUGGCGAGAUGAAGAAGAAAAAAAGAAAACCUGAAUAUGAUGCUGUAGAUACACAAGCUAACAUACCAAAGGCUCCCUUGCAGCAUGGGAACGAGAAGCAAAAGCCUUCCAAGCCUUUGGACGAGGCAAAUGCUGGUAGCCAGCUCACUCAAACCGUGCUUGGCCUCCCAACCGUGCUUGGUCAUAACCAACAACCUAGCUGAUUAUUUUGGAUUACUAUUGGAUAUUUAAUUCCCUUAUAGGCUCUUUUCAUCUGCUGUAACAAAAUAUGGUCUUUUCCAUGUGUUCAUCAUCAAUUGUCGAAACUAACAUGUAUCCGAGUGUAGAGGAUAUUAUUGACCAUUUGUAAUUCGGAUGCAGGUUUUCACCACAAAUAUUGGUUGUAAUUAUGAAUCGUUGUGAUGGCAUGUAUUGUUCAUAGUGUGCGACCGAAA